UCACAGUAUAUAAAAUGUUCCAUAUGAAAGGAAAACGGCCAAAAUAUGGUUUUUUAGUCUGUGGUAGUGAUUAACGGGUUCUGAACACAAAUGACCAACGCCUGUACUGAGUGGAACCAGUGCGCGCCGUCCUUAAUUUGUUAUAGUACCGAUGACCAAUCAUCUGGACUAUUUCUGUAGUUGAAGUGAUGUAAGUUAAGCUGUUGUAAACUUAUUUUCACUAGCAAUUUAAUUGCGUAUGCUAUGCAUCGGCUAGUUUUCUCGAUAUUUAAUAGCAUAUAUGUUAUUUAUCUUGCUGGAGAAUGGAGGAAUUUGAAGAGUUUCUUGAUCAGAUCCACUGCCAGGUGUCUGCUUCAGGCAUACACAUGGACAGACAUAGUCUUAAGGAUUGUUUGCUGGAACCAGGAGAAGAACGACUUGAGCUCAUUCACUGGGCAUUGUCUGCAUUGGGUAUUGAAAUUAAAGAACGAGAUAUUACAGAAGUAGUUGUUGAAUGUGGCUUGUGCUUGCCUUCAAAUUUGGAUAUUGUACUGGGUAAGUGCUCAGCAGAAGAUAACUUUGAGUUCUGGAAGAGGCUGUUUCACAUAGUUAGAAUGUACCAGGAGGCAAAACCUACAUCUGUUAGUACUUACAAAAAUAUUAAUAAGUUUUGGCUUGAGCUGGCAGCAAACCCUGACCUGAAAGAUGUGUUGCAGCCUAAAAGAAGGAAAGGUAUCUUGCCAUUAAAAGUGCCAAAAGAUUCGGCUAAGAACAUGUCAGUGGAGAAAUUACUGAAGAAAAAAGUAUUAGAAGAAAGUAAGUUAAGAGAUCUGGAAAAAGAUAAGGAAGCAUGUCUGCCAUCAGAAGACACUGAAGAAUUUUGUAAUACUGGGAUUCAGGAUACAGAAGAUUUAGACAAACUGAAACAUCAAGUUGACAUCUUCAGAAAUGACAUGGCUACUUUCUUGAUGCCAUGGAUAUUGGAUACACCUAAGAAUUUGGAACUGGAUGAAUAUGACAGUCUAAUACCUGAACUAGCUAACAAAGUGGAUAAAGUGAAGGGGAUUUGUGAGGAUGCAAGAAAGAUAUUGGCAGCAUUAGAAGUACUCUCAAAAAUUAAGCUUGAGAAACCAUCCACUGAUGAGAAGUUAAGUUUACCAUACAUACAGAAAGAAGACCAGUUUUAAAUUGACAGUAACCACUUCAGGAUUCAUAAAAUAAUUGUGAUUUUUAAGAAAUAGGAGUAAAUGAAGAACAAUGGUACAACACUGUGAUUGCUCCAUUAUUAAAGAAUAAUCAGGCUUGUAUAUCCUGUUUCUGACUUCAUUUUUAUUGACUUCAGCUAUUUGAGGGAAGUGAAGAUCCUAAUUCUUGGGUUUUAUUACCUUGUUAUUAGUUUCCUGAUAUUGUGAGUGAUCCAUUUAUUUUCUCUUCUGCCAAGGAUACCAGUGGUGAACUUACGCAUUACUCAUUGCCAGUUUGCUUCUGUCAAUCAUUAGAAUAAAACUGAAAUUUAUUAUAAAUAACUGUAGUUACAUCCUAAUAAUGUAAGUGUAUUUUGUUUAAGACAGAUAACCUGCAUUUCUGAUAUUAAAUAUUGGAAGCUAUUGCAAAUGA